UCAUUUGGAGCUCUUGAAGCUCUGCCAGCCCCAAUGGUGAUGUCCUAUUGUGUAUGAUUGAAGCUGUGUCAUCUCAUAUCCAUGUUGCAGACUGUGGGAAAUGGAUGGCUGAAGUCCUGGGAAAGUGCCUUUCUUUUUAAGCUGAUGAACUAGAAGUGGCACAUGUUACUUCUGCUCACAUCCCUUGGUGUAGACUAAACCAUGUUGCCACACCUGUCUUCAAGGGAAGCUAUGAGUGUGGUAUCUAGCUAGGUGAACACAGAUGGCUAAAACUUGAGAGGUUAUAUUAUUAAAAGAGGGAUGGGUACCAAGGGCAAUAAAUAGUCUUUGUUUCAGUCUGAUAUUCAUAGUUAUCAAUAAUCUUAUUAUACAGGAAAAUCAUAAUCAUUUUUACCAAGUGAAAAUCAACUUUUUGGAUAUGGCAAUAAAAUACAAACAUGUCCUGAUUUUUGGUUUUAGAUGGCCAGUAACCUGUGUGCCAGGUAGCAUUCUAUGCCAAACUUGAAUGCCAACGGGAAGUCACUGGGCAGCAAACUCUUCCAAGGUCAUAACUUGGCUGUUGGAGUAACUUGGAAAAGAAGAAAAAAGAUAGAUUGAAGCCAUGGCAAAAGUAAAUAGAGCUCAGUAUACGUCCCCUCCAGAUGGAGGCUGGGGCUGGAUGAUUGUGGUUGGCUGUUUCCUUGUUACCAUCUGCACCCGGGCAGUCACAAGAUGUAUCUCAAUUUUUUUUGUGGAGUUCCAGACAUACUUUGCUCAGGAUUAUGCACAAACAGCAUGGAUCCAUUCCAUUGUAGACUGUGUGACCAUGCUCUGUGCUCCACUUGGGAGUGUUGUCAGUAACCAUUUAUCCUGUCAAGUGGGAAUCAUGCUGGGUGGCUUGCUUGCAUCUACUGGCCUCAUCCUGGGCUCAUUUGCUACCAGUCUGAAGCAUCUCUACCUCACUCUGGGAGUUCUUACAGGUCUUGGAUUUGCACUUUGUUACUCUCCAGCUAUUGCCAUGGUUGGCAAAUAUUUCAACAGACGGAAAGCCCUUGCUUAUGGGAUCGCCAUGUCAGGAAGUGGCAUUGGCACCUUCAUCCUGGCCCCUGUGGUUCAGCUCCUUAUUGAACAGUUUUCCUGGCGGGGAGCAUUACUCAUUCUUGGGGGUUUUGUUUUGAAUCUCUGUGUUUGCGGAGCCUUGAUGCGACCAAUUACUCUUAAAGAGGACCGUACAACUCCAGAGCAGAAUCAUGUCUGUAGAACUCAGAAACAAGACUUUAAAUGGGCAUCUCCCUGUUCACCUCUGACCAAAGAAUGGGUGCAGACCUGCCUAUGUUGCUCUUUGCAGCAGGAAUACAGUUUUUUAUUGAUGUCAGACUUUGUCGUGUUAGCCAUCUCUGUUCUGUUUAUGGCUUAUGGCUGCAGCCCUCUCUUUGUGUACUUGGUGCCUUAUGCUUUGAGUGUUGGAGUGAGUCACCAGCAAGCUGCUUUUCUCAUGUCCAUACUGGGGGUGAUUGACAUUAUCGGCAAUAUCACCUUUGGAUGGCUAACGGACAGAAGGUGUCUGAAGAACUACCGGUAUGUUUGCUACCUCUUUGCCGUGGGACUAGACGGGCUCUGCUAUCUCUGCCUCCCAAUGCUUCAAAGUCUCCCCUUGCUCGUGCCUUUCUCUUGUACCUUUGGUUACUUUGAUGGUGCCUACGUGACCUUGAUUCCAGUAGUGACUGCAGAAAUAGUGGGGACUGCGUCUUUGUCAUCAGGACUUGGUGUGGUAUACUUUCUUCAUGCAGUGCCAUACUUGGUGAGCCCACCCAUCGCAGGAUGGCUGGUGGAUACGACUGGAAGCUAUACUGCAGCAUUUCUUCUCUGUGGAUUUUCAAUGAUAUUUAGUUCUGUGUUGCUUGGUUUUGCAAGACUUGUAAAGAAGAUGAAAAAAACUGAGCUGCGGUUCCUUGCCAAAGAAUCUGAUCCCAAGUUGCAGCUAAGGACCAAUGGAUCAGUGGCUUAUUCUGUAGCAAGAGAACUAGAUCAGAAGGAUGGGGAAUCUGUGGCUACAGCAGUGCCUGGUUACAACCCCACAUAA